AUGUCGAAAAUCGACAAGCUGUCCAUCUCGGGCGUGCGCUCCUUCGCGCCCAUGAGCCGGGAGACGCUCCAGUUCUUCUCCCCGCUCACCCUGAUCGUCGGCUACAACGGCUCCGGCAAGACCACCAUCAUCGAAUGCCUCAAGUACGCCACCACCGGCGAGCAGCCCCCCAACAGCAAGGGAGGCGCCUUCAUCCACGACCCCAAGCUGUGCGGCGAGCGUGAGGUCCUGGCCCAGGUCAAGCUGCGCUUCAUCACCCCGCCCGAGACGAGCCAUGUCGUCACCCGGAGCAUCCAGGUCACCGUCAAGAAGACGGCCAGAUCCAUGAAGACCCUCGAGAGCUCCCUCGAGACCAAGCGCCUGGGCGAGCGCAGCUCCCGCACCUCCAAGCAGGUCGACAUGGACUCCCUCGUCCCCGAGACCCUCGGCGUCGCCCCCGCCAUCCUCGAGUCCGUCAUCUUCUGCCAUCAGGACGAGUCCCUCUGGCCCAUGAGCGAGCCCAGCGCCCUCAAGAAACGCUUCGACGAGAUCUUCGAGGCCCAAAAGUACACCAAGGCCAUUGACAACCUCAAGGUCAUCCGGAAGAAGCAGGGCGAAAAGAAGAAUCUGCUGGCCCAAAAGUUGGAUCACUGCAAGUCCGACAAGGAGAAAGCCGACCGCUGCCAGAAACGGUGCGAUGUUCUACAGCGCGAGAUCGACCACCUCGUCGAGCUGACGGAUGCACAUGACACCGAAAUGGACCUCGCCGCCAAGGCGGCCAAGGAGAAGCAUGAGCAGGCCAACAGUUUCCUCGACAUUGUCCACGAGCUCAGGAAUAAAGAGCACCAGCUGACCAUCCGCGAGGAGAGUGUCGACGAGCUCAAGAGAAGCAUCGACGAGCUAGAUGAGUCCGACGACUGGCUUCAGGAAACCCUCGCCCAGUACGAGGCCAAGGUCGCCCGCUACGAGGAGGAACUGGAGCAGAACAAGCUCCAGUACGCCGAGUACCAGAAGGAGAUGCAGAAGCUACGCAGAGAUCUCGAUGCCAAGAUGUCGGAGCGAGGCAAGCUUCAGUCAGACAAGGAGCGGUAUGAGCGCCAACUCGAGUCCCGCAUCGAGUUGGUCCACCAGGCCGCCGAGGUUCACGCCAUUCGUGGCUUCGAUGGCGAUCUGGACGAUCCGCAGGUCAAGCAGUUCACCGAGCGACUCCAGAAGAUGUUCAACGACAAGAAGCGCGAGCUCGAGCACCUGCAGAAGGAGAACGGCGAGGAGCAGGACAAGAAGACGGCAGUCAUCACCGAGCUCGAAGGUCGCAAGUCCUCACGAACCCAGGAGCGGCACACCGCCAAGAACCGAAUAGGCGCUCUGGAGAAGAGGAGCACCGUCGUGCAGAAUCAACUCAGCUCCAUUGAUGUCGAUGAGGGCGCCAAGGCUGUCUUGGAUGCUUCCCAUGGCGAGAUCGAGCAACGCCUCCAGAAGUCAUUGCAAGAGCUUCAGGGAUCAGGCGUCGACGCAAAGAUACAGCAAGAGAACGAGAGCCUCUACAAGCUCGAGGCUGAAAGCGACCGGCUUGGCCGCGAGCUGAUGGAAUGUUCUAGGCAGGCCGAUGACAGAGCGCAACUCAUCGUGCACAAGAAUGCCCUCGAGGAAAAGAAGCGCAAGCUGGAGUCGCUGAGAAACACUUGGAGCGACAAGGUUUCCGCCCUGGUCGGAAGUUCCUGGAAAGUCGAGUCGGUGGAGAAGGACUAUCAGCAGAUACUUCAAGAGAAGACCAAAGCACUUGAGGAGACUACCCGGAAGCGUGAUGACGCUCGGCAGAACCAGAAGCAGGCCCAGUUCUCCCUCUCGAAUACGAGAGAGAAGGUGAAGAAGAGGGAUGCCGAGCUUGAAAGGUGCAAAGAGGCUGUUCGAGAUGCUCUGAAGGAGUGCGAACCCGGCGAAACACCCAUCAUCGACGACCUACCCAGCAAAAUUGAGGAGUACGAGGAUAAAACCUUGACUUUGGAAAAGGACGUAUCUCUGUUUGAUGCCAUGAAGGACUUCUACCUCAAGUGCCAGAAGGCGAUGAACAAGAACAACAAGUGCCUCCUCUGCGAUCGUGCAUUCGGAGGUGCCGCGGAGAAGGCCAAGCUUAUCCAGCGGAUCAAGGAGGGCAUUGACGACAACAAUAAGACGCAGACGCAGGAGGACCUGGAUGCCUGUGAGGAACAGCUAGGCAAACUGCGUCUUGCCCGUCCGUACUAUGACACGUAUAUGAAGCUGUCAGAAGAGAAGCCUGAGCUCGACAGAGAACUUCAGACUGCUAAGGAGCAAGAAGCAGAUAGCGUCAGUAGGCUGGAAGAGAUGGACGAGACGGUCCGCGAGAAGACAGAAGAGCGACAGGAUGUUGAGUCCAUGAGCCGGACCAUCUCAGACAUCGCACAUACUCAUCGUGACAUCGUCGAGGCCGAGGUGCAAGUUGACAGGCUCAUGUCUCAGCAGCACUCUGGCGGAUCUCUCCGCAGCCCUGACGAGAUCCGUGAGCUGCAAGAUAACUGCAAUGAACAGAUGAGGGCCAUCAAGAACAAGAUCAGCAAGCACCAGAGUGACAAGCAGCAAAUGAGAGACCUGGUCAGCCGCCUCGAGUUGGAGAAGGAGCAGUUGAGCAACAAGGUCAACGAUGCAACCCGACAGCUCGAGCGCAGGAGGGAUGUGCAGACUCAACUGCAGGCCAUUCGAGAUGACAUUGCCAACCAGAAGUCCACCAUCCAGCAGGCUGACCAAGACAUAAAAUCGAUUGAGCCAGACAUCACCAAGGCCAGAGCCAUCCGGGACGAUGUCAUCCAACGAGGCCGUAGCAAGGAGAAGAAGAUCACAGACGAGCGUGAUGAGCUUGCCAACUCUGUCAGCGAGCUCAAGAUGGUCGAGAGCGACAUUCGAGAGUAUAUCGAACGAGGCGGUGCUUCCAACCUUGGCAUCAACGAGCGCGCCAUCCAAGCCCUCAAGCAGACCGUCGAUCACACCGAGAAGGACAUGGGCGAGCUGGCAGUCAGGACCAACAAGCUCAAGGAAGAGAUCAGUGACAGCGGCCGCAAGAAGAAGAAUAUUAAUGACAACCUGAACUACCGCAAGAACCUUCGCCAGAUCGACACUCUGCAAGUUGAAAUCCGAAACCUGAAGUCUCGUAAUGCAGCCGAGGACUACGAUCGGCUCAUGGAGGAAUACAAGGCUCUAGAGUCUACGCGUGCAAAACUGACUGCGGAGCGAGGCGCCAUGAUGGGCCAGAUCAAGACCAAGGACGAGGAACUCAAGCAGCUCUUCAAGGACUGGGAGACAGACUACGCCGGUGCAGCCAGCAAGUACCGCGAGACACACGUCAAGCUCGAGACCACCAAGGCAGCCAUGGACGACCUGCAGAGCUACAACAACGCGCUCGACCAUGCCAUCAUGCGUUACCACGCGCUGAAGAUGGACGAGGUGAACCGAAUCACGGGCGAGCUGUGGCGGGACGUGUACCAGGGCACGGACAUCGACUCGAUCUCGAUCCGGUCCGAGAACGAGGCGUCGACAACGAGCCGGCGGGCGUACAACUACCGGGUGUGCAUGCGCAAGGGCGACACGGAGAUGGACAUGCGGGGCCGGUGCUCGGCCGGGCAGAAGGUGCUGGCGUGCAUCAUCAUCCGGCUGGCGCUGGCCGAGUCGUUCGGCACCAACUGCGGGCUGAUCGCGCUCGACGAGCCGACGACCAACCUCGACAGCGACAACAUCCGCGCCCUGGCCGUCAGCCUGCACCGCAUCAUCGAGCAGCGCCGGGCCCAGAGCAACUUCCAGCUCAUCAUCAUCACCCACGACGAGGAGUUCCUCCGCCACAUGCAGUGCUCCGACUUUGUCGACCACUUCUACCGCGUCAAGCGCGACGAGCACCAGAACAGCAUCAUCCGCAGCGAGAGCAUCAUGAAUGUCAGCGAGUGA